AUGGUGCAUCCAGUCGCUCACCCCUUCUUUGACCCCGCCCAAGCUGCCGCAUUCAACACCCUGGCCGACAAGACUAACAGCUCCUUCGAGGUCAGAUACUUCCACCUCCAUGGCCAAGGCGGCCUUUCCCGCACCCUCAUCGUCAUCGGCACCAACGGUCACUCCAGACUCACAAACGUCCACGAGGGCGACUGGGCCGACUACAAACCCACAACUCCCUUUGGUGUCAUGCCCCUCCUCACCGAAACCUCUGCCGACGGCAAGACCAAGCUCCAAGUUGCAGAGUCGGAUGCCAUUGAACGUUACCUUGCACGCAAGUUCGGACUCUUUGGCAAUGGCACCGCAUUUGAGGAGGUCCUUGUGAACACGUUCGCGAACAGCACCCAGGGUCUGAUAAUGUCCAUCUUCAACUCCCACGGCCUCAUCGAAGACCCAGCUGUCCGCACCAAGAACAAGGGUCCUCUCAUCAGUGACAACAUCGCCCCCUGGAUCAAGUACCACGAGCAACACCUCCAAGCCAACGGGGCCAAUGGCCAUUACGUCGGCAACAAGGUCUCCCUCGCAGAUGUCAAGACCGACUAUGUCGUCAGCAUGAUCCAGGGCUUGUCGGGUGAUGAGUUGAUCUCGGAGGAAAAGACACCCGCGAUUUGGAGGGUCCGUCAGGAGAUGGACAAGAUUGAGGGUGUUGCCAAGUGGAAGGCGUCGGAGGAGUACAAGUCGCUCGGCAAGGAGAACUUUGAUUUCCUUGGAUACUAA